AUGCCCAUUCAUUCUCUCUCUCUCUCUCUCCUUUCACUGUUUCCCCCAGCCUCAUACUCCCAUCUGUGGCUGGAGGCUCAACCUGCUGCAAUUGUGACCCCUGUGGUCAAUGUGACCUUGAGGUGCUAUGCACCCCAACCUGCCUGGAGAUUUGCACUGUUCAAAAGCAGAGACAAGAGGCCCCUCUUCUUCAGGGAAGUGUCCACAGAGCUGGCUGAGUUCUUCCUGGAAGAGGUGACUCCAGCCCAGGGGGGCACUUACCACUGCAGCUACCAGAGGACAGACUGGAGACCAGGUGUCUGGUCCCAGCCCAGCGACGCCCUAGAACUGUUGGUGACAGACCAUCUGCCCAGGCCAUCGCUGGUGGCACUGCCUGGGCCGGUGGUGGCUCCUGGCAUCAACGUGAGCCUGCGCUGCAUGGGCUGCUUGCCAGGUAUGAGCUCUGCACUGUACCGCACAGGCCUGGCGACCCCACUGCAGUACCGCGACUCUGCGCAGCCCUGGGCCGACUUCCCUCUGCUUGGUGCCAGGUCCCCAGGCACCUACAGCUGCUUCUACCACAUGCCCUCUGCCCGCUACGUGCUGUCGCUGCACAGCCAGCUGCUGGUCAUCAGCUUGGAAGAUUUGGGCUCUUUGGACUACAUCCAGGAGAACCUCGUUCUUUUGGGACUGGCUGGCCUGGUUCUCAUUUCCCUGGGCAUAUUGGUUGCUUUUGACUGGCCACUGGGAGCUGCCUGUAGACACCUGGGGCAGUGA